CAUGGGGGUGUGUGUGUUUAAAGAAUGGGAGGAGGACAGAGAUCCACCGUCCCCCUGCAAACACUCGGUCCUGUUUGGAGUUCAUUAUUCGGCGCCUCACCUCAGUAGCAGCUGAAGGUUAAAGCAGCAGCGGAAGAUCUUUGUAGGGGAGCAAACAAUGGAGUUCUGGCUGGAAAAUCAGGGUCAGUCGCAGCUUUACUCCAGGUUUGGGACUCUUCCUGGGAGAAGCUGUUCACACAACUAUCAUGACCGACACCAGGCAACCUAUAACACAGUGUACUCAGGAGAGCAGCAGAGUCUGGGAAGGGAGUCCAGUAACUGGACAGUACCAGGAUCGAGAGCAGGAAGAGCUCUACAGGAAUACUGGACAGAGUCAGAGCUGCCCAGCUCUUCUUCUGCUUGUUUCCCUUUUACUUUACACCAUAACGAUCAGCGCCACCGGGACCUUGGUGAGUAUCGGCAACGUAACCCCAGAGAGAGAGAGUUGGUGUCUCCAGGAGCUAUGAAGGACUAUGACAGAGGCUUUCUGAGGGAUCCAUGGAUGAAGAGGUGGGAUCAGAGUCAACAUUCCCAUUACAACAGAGAUGUGUCCACAAAGAGGAAUGACAGCAGCUAUCGGGAGCUGGAGGCUUGGGCGGCUCGGUACAGUCACUCGCUGCCCAGGAGGAGACGUUUAGAAGCAGAGUUAAGAGAGGCAGUCCAAGGCCUGUCAGAGAGCAACCGGGCUCCAGAGAGAGAAAAAGCGGAAACAAAUUCUAGAUUUCAUCUACAACAUAGCCAACUAAAUGCAAACUGUAGACAUUCUGGGCUGUGGGACAAAAUAGAACAUCCUAAUACAGGCACAAACCCCAUGAAUGAAAAGAGUGAUUACCAACCUAGGGUUUUCAGCAAACCUCCUGGAUAUGUUGGACCUCCCUCCUACAGCAGGCCGCACAAAAGUCCUCCUGUGACACAAAACUGUGACAUUGGCUGGCAGCAUGUUGGUAAUAACCAAGCUAACUGGUCACAGCCAAUAUAUGGAAAGCAGGAUGUUCCAGUGGACUUGCAAACCAAGAGGCAUGUGGAGAAAGAUCUAAGCAAUGCAUGCCCUGAACUAAAGCAGCAGAGGUCUAGUAAACAUAAGGGAGAUGCUUCAAAGGCAGACAGGCCCACUGAUGCACAGAAACCCGAAGAAUUAUUAGCUCAACAAACGCAAGCAGCUAAUGUUUCAAAUAAAGAGAAGGAGGACAUUUGUAAGGUCAUAGAAGGAAGGAAGUUCAGACUAAAGAAAAAGACAGGAGGGAUGACCAUAUUCUGCCUGGUUUCUCGAAUAGUUAGCCCCUCUGAAACCAAGUCUUUACCAGUCUGCCCCUCCCAAACUAGCCCCCAAGUCACAGAAACAGGGGGGCUUUCAAAAGACACACAGGAUAACAAGCAAGUGAAGGAGCUUGUUGAUGAUGUGGACUCCAGAGCACAGGCAUCAGAAGAGCAGUCAGAUAAAAAGACACUUGGAUUUGGAAAAAAGAUGAUCCCUGAAGAAGACCCGUCAAGUACCGCAAAAGGUGUACUCGAAAAACCUGUAUUUGAAAGAAGUGAAUCUUUGUCUGUGCAGCCUUUGUUGACCAAAUACCCUUUAUGGAGGGAGCCUAGUUCCAGUAACAAGACUGACACUGAGAGCUCCAACACAACCUGCUUGAAAGACACAAAAGGAAGCAUGUUAAACCAAGAUGGAGGUGAAGAUCUGAGAAGCCACUCAGCGGACGACGAAGAGAAGAAUCUGCAAAUUAAGGACAACGCUGAGGACAUGAAAGGUCUGUUCGUAAUAGACACCAGCUGUGUUGUUGUCAAAGUAGAGAUGAUCCCUUCACCAAAGAAGGAGCAAGUUCACUAUCUAGGCUCCACAGCAAACAAUGAAAGCUGCUCUAAGCUUUAUCAAGAUGUUACAACCCGCCCAAGUGAGGAGGCAUUGAGAAGAAAUGAAGACCCUGAAGCUGAUCUACACUCAACACCAAUGAACAAACUGGAAUACAAAGAGACUGAUGUACCCCAGUUGACCUCUCUUUCUGAAAAGGAAACACUGGCAGAGCGAGCAGAAAGAAUCCUUGGAAUACCUCUGCAUGACGCUGACAUCAAACAGAAAAGUGAGGAUUAUGAACCACUGUGUGAAGAGGAGGAGGAGGCUGAACCACAUCCUGCUGAGGACAUGCUAGAGGAUGUGGCAGAGCAGGUAGAGGUUCCCCGAGUGGAGAAAGAUGGAGAUGAGAUUGGAAAUCAGCUAACAAAUGAUGGUGGUAAAGAUUUUACAGACGUUCAAAACCUAGUCACUCAAGAUGAUGACACUGAGUCCCUCCUCAAAACAGACGACACUUUAACCCAAACUGAGCUUAAGAAAGACGAUAGGGAUGAAUCCACCUGUGGAGAAAGUAAAAAGGAAGAGCAUAAUGUUGAUCUCUAUAGUUCCUCUUCGGUUCCCCAGAAUUUAUUAGACCCAGGCAUACAGGACGGUUCAGCUUUAGACCUAACUCCUCACCCUGACACCCCCUCUCCUCCUCUUUUUCCUAAAACACCCGAUUCCUUUUUGAGCUCCUUUCCCAGUGAAGACCAUCUCCCAAGCCCUCCCCGUCUUGAAGAAAUAUUUCUUGCAGAUGAUGAGGAGCUGUAUGUGGAGACUAAAGAUGAUGAAAUGUUGCAUUUGGCUGAAAGUGAGCUCAACAAGUCCUUGGUUACAGAAAUAGAGGGUGUCUUGCCACAUGAAGACAAUAACUGUCAACAGUGGGAUGAUGUUCCUUGCAUUUCUGAAAAGCAAGAAACAGAUGAAGGUGAUUGCUCUACAAAUGAAACUAGGUAUGAAGACCCCAACAUCUUGGCUCAGCUACUUACUUGCGUCCAAAUUGAAGGAGCCACUUCUGCAAAAGGGGAGCAAGAUCACCAAUUAGAAGAAAGCAUUCUACCUGAUCCUUCAGUUCAAAUGGGUCAGAAGGAAAAUGCAAGAAGUUGUAAAACAGAAGAGGUUGGGUUUGAUGUGGAGGGGGGUGUUUUUAGGGAGAAAGAAAAAGACGAGACUCUGGAGCAAUCCCAAAUAAAUCCAGGUCCGAUCGCAAGUCUCUCGGAACAAAGACAAAGCAGUGAGAGAAACAAAUCCACCCAGACUCAGCCACAGGCGGACACUUUGCAAAACGUUGAUCCCCAACGGGAAUUUAUCGACAAUUGCCCUCCUUCACCUUCAAGCAGUGAGGUCCUAAACAAUCACUUAAUUGCUGAUGAUUUGCCAGGUAGAGACCAUGUUCCCCUCUUAGAAACUGUCUCUCCUCUGAAUAUUGUCACUGCUGCUCCAGACAAGGAAAAUUCCUCUGAUCCCUUUUAUAUACAAUCGUUUGAAGAAUCCAGUCAGUUGACAAUUGUUCCUCCCCAUGAAGAUGAUGUCUCCCCAGAGUUCUCUCCAACUGCUGCCCACAAGACAGGAUCUCAGUACUCAAAGUCCCUGCUGGAAGUGGUUAAUCGUAUCAGGAAGCACACAGCGCCUGAUUCGGAGAGCGAAGAGGAGGAAGUGAGUGAGAGGUCGGAUGCGAGUUGUCUAGACAUGGUCGCUGACCUAGAGUCUGAGGAGAACUUUGAUGAGCUUUUAAAGGACAGUGCUGAGACAAGGCAGGGCGACCAGGAUCACAAAGAAUCAGAGGAACAUGCGGAUGAAGAUGCUAUGUCCUGCAGUAGCACCAGUCAUGUCCUUGAAAAUACUGUCACCGUAGUGGACAUAGAAACAAGACACUCCAGCGAGGUGGAUAAAGAGAAAGAGGAGUCUGACACGGCUGAAGGGGAGGUAAGAUGUUCCAGCAAUGAAAAGGGGGAAUCCCAGUUUAAAGGAAGUAAAGAUGAAGAUCUAACUAUUGGUGGUUCUAGUGAGCACAUUCCAGUGGAGGUAGAUGAAGAUGCUACUGAGGUAUUAACCCAUUAAUUAUUACAUCCCGCCUGCAGGGCGUAUGUGCAGCCUUAUACUCCACCAAUAGGGCUACUGUCUGCAUUAACAUGAUUUUAUGUGGUAGGCUAGACCCUCCCAAUGGUUAAAGAACAGCAGCUGAUUUCAUUUAUAUGUAUUCUCCGAUUUAAAAAUGUUUUUUUUUUAUGGUUUUGGUGUGGCCAUUUAACAGGAUAAAUCAAAGUAAGACAGCUAACAGUGCUUUGCUGAAGUAUUUACCACCCCCCCAUCAGAGGUCACAUCACUAGUAAAUAGAAUCCAUAAGUGCCUUGGUAUAAAUGCAGCUGUUCUUUGCACAAACGGCCUCAUGAAGAUAAGGAAACACAGCAAACAGGUCCAGGAGUAAGCUGUGGAGAUGUUUUAAGCUAGAGUGGGUUAUAAAAACAACAUGCUGAACCACAGGUUCUUAGAAAAGGCAAAAAAACAAAAAAAAAAAAACGGCUAAAUGACUGCUCUUCACCUGCAGGCUGGAUAAAUUCUGCAUUAAUAAGAGAGGCAGCCUGAAACUGCAGAGAUCCACAGUUCUGUUUGUAGAUUUUGUUGACCAGAAAGCCAAUUUCAAAGGAAGAGCUACAAGAGUUACACGCACUGUAGAAUGAAAACAUGAAAAACUUUAAGGGGACUUACAAAGCACUGCUUGCAGUAUGUAUCAGUAGAUUUGAUUGCUGAGUAAAAACACAGGCAUGUUUGCAGUGGUUUCAGUGUGUGGAGGUUUAUUCAGCUAGAGAACAGCUGUUGGUGAUGCAGGUUAAAAUUAAUUUUCUUGUACUAAAGUCCCUGUCACACAUUGACAAUUUAGAUC